AUGGCCAAUAAGAGUCAGACAGUAGUGAUAGAAUUUGUAUUCACGGGUUUUCCUCACUUGCGGGAAGGUGGGCUUCUGUUUUUUAUUCUCUUGCUACUCAUCUACCUGUUCAUCAUCAUUGGGAAUCUUAUGGUUUUCUUUGCUGUCAAACUGGAUUCCCGCUUGCACACCCCCAUGUAUUUCUUUAUCAGCGUCCUCUCCUUCCUGGAGAUCUGGUAUACCACGACCACCAUCCCCAAGAUGCUCUCCAACCUAGUCAGUGAGCAGAAGACCAUCUCCCUGGCUGGUUGCCUCUUGCAGAUGUAUUUCUUUCACUCCCUUGGCAUCACUGAGGUUUGCUUGCUCACCACCAUGGCUAUGGACAGAUACCUGGCCAUCUGCAACCCCCUCCGCUACACCACAGUCAUGACACCUCAGCUCUACAGUCAACUGACUCUGGGCUGUUGCUUCUGUGGCUUUUUCACGCCACUCCCUGAGAUUGCUUGGAUAGCCACACUGCCAUUUUGUGGUCCAAACCAAAUUCAGAAUAUCUUCUGUGACUUUGAUCCCAUCCUGAAUCUGGCGUGUAUGGACACUGGCACAAUUACAUUAAUCAAGAUCGUGGACAUUGUACAUGCUGUGGAGAUCAUCACAGCUGUAAUGCUUGUGGCUUUGGCUUACGUCCGGAUCAUUGCAGUAAUCCUAAGAAUCCGCUCUGCCGAAGGGCGCCGAAAGGCCUUUUCCACCUGUGCUUCCCACCUUGCUAUUUUCUUAAUAUUUUUUGGAAGUGUAGCUCUGAUGUACCUUCGUUUCUCUGCAAAGUACUCCUUCUUCUGGGACACAACCAUCAGCUUAAUGUUCGCAGUGUUGUCUCCGUUCUUCAACCCAAUUAUCUACAGUCUGAGGAAUAAAGAGAUCAAGGAAGCCAUAAAAAAGCACAUGUGCCACUCUAUUAUACUCACACAUCAUAUCAAACAAGCCAAAAAGCAUACUAGUUAA